CUGUUUAGUAAGUGAAUGCUAAACAGAACUGAGCCAGAGAUAUCCAGGGAGCUGUCCAGUCUCCGGUGCUGAAUUUCCAUUUCUUUGCUUGUAGCAGCAGCAAUCUCUCCUCUUCCCGUCAUUUAUUAACUGCUCAUUCAUAGCUGAUCCAGGGGCUGCUGGCUGAAACAGCUGCUUCAUAAUUAACUGGAAAAUACCAGCCUAUUAAUGCAACACGAAGAGGAAAAAAAUACAGCAGAAAUCCCUGAGAGGUAAUUUCUUACAUAGCAGUAUCUAAAGAGGCAUAGCUGAUAACGCAGGAUUGCUGGCAAAGUUUAAUGAUCUCAGCUGAGCAGCCACAUGCAUCUGACAUUCUGGAAUAAAUCAUUGGAAGAGCUGUAAAAUUCCCCUUUGAAAGUAGCAACAGUCGAAAUUGUGAUGCUAAAACCACAAACACUUGUCCCCUUUUGUUACAAGAAGCGACAGUGAAUAAAACUCAUGACUCUAUCUUUCACUAUUUCCAGUAUCUCGGACGUCCAACAUCAAGCUGAGAAGUCAAGCAGUGGGCACUUCUGAAACCACAGUCUAAGUUUGCUUGUUUAGAGAUAAUUCAGUUAUUGAUGACUUGGGAACAGAUAACCAACAGCUAUCCAAAUUAAUUUGAAAGUUCAGCAAGGACAAAUCUUUCUCAUGUGAAUCUUUUCUGUGUGGGCUCGAUUGAUUAUGAUGGAAACUCCUUAGAACUAAGGACCCAGAAAGUAUUGUGGAUCUACAAUAGCUGCCAACACAUUGUGAUGCAUCAUUUCUGCUGAGUCUUAUGGCUUGAAGGAAUAAUUUGGAGAGAGAUCUUCUCACCUUCAUGGAUCUAAAGAAUCUGUCUAUGUAUAAUGAUGAAUUUAAUAAUGGCACCAAUGGUACGGACAUCGAACAAAAGACUCACUACAAUUAUUAUGCCAUGCUUCUUACGCUUCUUAUAUUCGUCAUCGUCUUUGGCAACGUUUUGGUGUGCAUGGCAGUUUCUAGGGAAAAGGCUCUACAAACCACCACCAAUUACCUAAUUGUCAGCUUGGCUGUUGCAGACCUUUUAGUGGCAACCUUAGUGAUGCCGUGGGUGGUAUACCUGGAGGUGGUUGGUGAGUGGAGAUUUAGUCGGAUCCACUGUGAUAUCUUUGUCACCCUUGAUGUUAUGAUGUGUACAGCAAGUAUACUUAAUCUGUGUGCCAUCAGCAUUGACAGGUAUACAGCAGUAGCAAUGCCAAUGUUAUACAACACACGCUACAGUUCCAAGCGUAGAGUGACUGUCAUGAUUGCUGUAGUCUGGGUCCUGUCCUUUGCAAUCUCUUGUCCCCUACUGUUUGGACUCAACAAUACCGCUUCCAAUGAGUGCCUCAUUGAAAACCCUGCAUUUGUGAUCUACUCCUCUGUUGUGUCCUUCUAUGUCCCCUUUAUUGUCACACUCCUGGUGUAUGUCCAGAUUUAUAUAGUUCUGCGUAAGCGGAGGAAGAGGGUAAACACCAAACGCAACAGCCGAGGAUUGGAUGCAGAGGGCCACAAGGACAAAUGCACUCAUCCAGAAGAUGUGAAGCUGUGCUCUGUCUUUGUUAAAUCCAAUGGGAAUUUCCAAGCUAAUAAAAAGAAAGUGGAGGCUGGGAACCACCCAGAAGAAAUGGAGAUGGAGAUGAUGUCAAGUACUUCACCCCCAGAAAAGACAAAACACAAAUCAGCCUCCCCAAACCACCAGCAACUGGCUGUGCCAGCAACAUCAAACCAGUUCAACAAUACUUCUGCCCCCUCUCCAGCUGACUGCCCCUGCAAGACUGAAAAGAAUGGGCUACCAAAUGACAGUGAAAAGCCACUAAAAACCUUUGAAAUUCAGUCAAUGCCCAAUGGGAAAACACAGACAUCCCUUAAAACUAUGAGUAAACGCAAGAUUUCACAACAAAAGGAGAAGAAAGCUACACAGAUGUUAGCAAUUGUUCUUGGUGUCUUCAUUGUUUGUUGGUUUCCUUUCUUCAUUACACACAUCCUAAAUAUGCAUUGUAACUGCAAAAUACCACCAAUCUUGUAUAGUGCAUUCACUUGGCUUGGUUAUGUCAACAGUGCAGUCAAUCCUAUUAUUUACACCACAUUUAAUGUGGAAUUCAGAAAGGCCUUCAUUAAAAUUCUUCACUGCUAAAAGAAAUUUUGGACAGUUUCACAUGGGCAGCAUUUAGAAAUAUGAAAACCUGUGAAUUCUGGGGAUGAAACCUCAGUUUGAAUCUAGAUGAGAUACAUAACUUCACUCUCACAUGUUCCAGUAUCAGCCAUGCACUAUAUAUGUCUAGGCUUGGUGAGUGAGAACCUGAAACUGAUUCUACUUCUAGAGACCAGCAUUGAGUCUUUACCAAUGAUGGCACCGGAUCGUGUACUGACCCAAUUCGGACUACUGCCAAGUUAUUUCUGGAAAGUGUUAAGAUGAGCCUUAAGACUACUAGACUUUGCCUUCAUAACUGCAUUCAAGAAAAAGAAACAGUGUUGGAUUCAGCCAUUAUGGACCUCAAAAUAAAGUCAUUAGCACUUAUUUGGAUGUCACUGCAGUCUCACCAAAGACAUUGUCAUUUUCUAAUCUGAUUUUUGCAAUAGUAGAAAGCUAUCAUUUGCUUCAACUUACUCGGUAUCAGGGAACCAGUUCUUUCCCUUGGAAUAUUAGGAACUACAUAAUAAACUAUGUGUUUUUGAUCUCUCAAGUUGUCAUCUCCAUCUUUCUUGGAAAUGUUGUGAUCAACAAAACAUGGAGAGCAAUGCCAGCAAAGCAUUAUGGUAACAAAAGUGUAAAUAAAGAAUGAUUUGAAAGAAGCCCAAGCCAAAAAAUAAGAAUAUAAAUAUAAAAUACGUCUUGCAUGGUGUAUGUCACCUUUAGGGUUACCAUUGUCACGCUAUGACCCAAUGAAGGAAAACACUAAAGUACACUCUUUGCAUCUGGCCCUUUCCAAGUGUCCAGCCUUCUGCAUCUUGAGCUUACAGAAUGCUUUGCAGCAAAUGUCACGUCAAUCCACAAAAUCAAUGAAAAUUAAAUAUAUACUGUAUAUUAAAAAGUAUUCACAUGUAAUUAUAUAAGAUAUAAGUGCAAAUAAUAUGCCUGUGGCUUGCGCUUUUUGCCAAUAGAACUGGUUAAAAUGUAAUUCUAUGUGCCAGUUGCAAACUUUCUUAAUUCAUUGUGAAAGUGCACCACCCUUUCCCCAUUACAUUACACUCACUCAUGGGUUAAAGAAAUAGAGUUAAAUAUCUACCACAAAUACAUCUUCUUAGACCAUCAAGUACUUGAACAUGAACUGUAUUAAUGUAUAGGAUGGACACAGAAAUAAAUGUAAGACCCAAACAAACGCUUUUGGAAGCCAAAGGAGUAUGUGAAUCAUAUACUGUAGAUCAAAUCCAAAAAGGAUCAAUUUAGAAAGAAACAUUGCAAGAAAUCCGUGUUCAGAAAAGGACACAUGGGAGGAAUGUUAAUGGUUUAAAAUAGUGGCACAAUAGACAUACUGUAUGCAAUAUAAACUACUAUGUGUAGUUACAUGCUUGAAUGUUUCACCAUACAGGAAGUGAUGUCCCAAAUAUUUUUUUUAUGCCAAGUAUUGUAAAAAAGUAUUGUAAAAUGCUACUUUAAUUUGAAAACUGAAAAAAAGUCAUAUACACUCUUAUUUGUCUAUUAUUCUUUGCACACAAAUCACUUUCUUAGUGAAUUCCAGCCACAUUGGGUUUUCUUGUAACUGUCAGCUUGUUUGUUUUUAUCUUGAAUUCAUUCAUUUAUGAAUAACAUAUACUGUACUACCAUUAAUGUUAGACCCGAUGACAUACAUGUAACAUAUUUUAUAGCAAUCAAACCUUUAAUUUGCUUUGGUUUAAGGAAAAUAUGUAAUUUACAGUAUCCUCACCUUACUUUAAUCUUUGUUAAAACAAAACUGUUGGGAAGCACUGUAUUUCCUACCCAAUCCAAGCCAAAAAAGUCACAUCAUGCAAAGGCAUUAAGAAGAAGAGAGCUGGGAUAUAUUAAAAUGCUCAAAUAGCAACGUAUACAUGUUUUUUAUUUAAAACUUGCAGUAUCAUUGCCACAAUAAUAUGAGUAUCUCUCAACAAAUUUUGAGACUGAAAUUGCAGAGGCAUUUGCAGUGCAAUAGUAAAUAUGAGCAAUAAGAGUAAUGAUUUGCUCAUAUGAGUAAAUGAUUUGCUUAGUUGACAGCAGAGCUGGACGGUCACUGGUACACGGGGACCAGAUAAAGAUGACACUAACAAAUCUGUUUAGUUAGUCCAUGGAUCUGUUGAGCAGAGUAACCAGCAGACAAGAAAGGGGAAAAGCACGGGUACUGUAGAUCCAUUUAGCAAAUCCAAAAGUGUGUUAUACAGGUUAUCUAACAGCUGUAAAAUGUGACAGAGAUGGAAUCAGAAUAGGUCUAGCUAAUUUAGCAAAUAGGAGUAACUGAAAAGAUUGAGGAGGGUAAAUCCGAAGGCAAACAGAGUAAUAAGGUACAGUAUAUCACUUUCUCAGUAACUACAAACCAAUCCCAUAUAAUAAAUGCAGGUGCAGAUCCCCUUUUCUUAGCAUAAUAAGGAGCAGAACCAGCUGCUGCACAUUUGUUCUGUCCACCCGCAACACUUGUUGAUGACAGCCACAAAUACAUUGAACCAUAGCACUGAGCCAACAUUUAAAAGUAAAAGGUACAAGUUCUUACUGGUCGAGCCACUGUCACUGAACAUACUAUCACAUCUGACAGUCAAUAGCUAUGUAUCUGUGACCUCCAAUAUCCAUAGACUAUUCUUAUUACCAAGGAGACUUGACAAUAAGCAUUAUGGGUCUGUUAGUAAUUUUAUCAUUUGAAAUGAUAAAGUAAUUCAAGCAUAAAUGAACAUGAAAUGACAGAUGGUCCAGUAAAAAAAAAAAUAUUUCCACACAGUUAAAAAGCAAAGUUUAAUCAAUUUGAUCUAAUUUUUCAAGAUUUGUACUCCUCAUGGUCAUCAACAUCAACAUCAAUAUUAUGAACUAUUUUAUGCAGUACCCACGGAAAUUAUGCUUUACUUUUUCUCAGAAGACAUUGCAUUUUCACAAAGCAUUAGUGGUUUUAUCUAAUCAAAUAAAUGUCCCCUAAAUUUGCAAAAAAAGUGGAAUUUUUUACUAAGAUUUAAAUAACAUGAACUAAAAGAAAACCUACCACAUUACAUGAGGUGAUCCCAUUUUUUGUUUGACACAUGAUCUGCGGGGCACGUUUAACACAUGUAGACAAUAACUACUGGUGGGGGGGGAUACAUGAAAGAGAGGUCUUUCCUCUAUGAAAUUUUGCAUAUUCUCACAUAGUAAAUGUCAAACAUAUUUAAUGUAUGUAAGAAUCAAGUAUAACUGUAUAUAAUACAAAAAUAUCCACUAUAAGUAGAUCUCCUAUAAAAAGGAGGUGUAAAAGAAAGAAAACGGGCACUGUGCAUAGAAAAACAAAUCAGACCAGGAAGGGGGAAGUACUACAGAUAAAAGGUGUGAAAGGAGUUAAAAUGUAAAUCAUGAUUUUAUAGUGUAUACUCAUAUAUGUAUUUACUUUUAUAUGCCAUUAGGUUUUUGUAUCAAACAUUUUUAAAAGCAAAAAAGUCUGCCAAUGCUCAGACACACAGAAGCCUAUUUAUCAAGCUGGAUUUUCUCAAGAGCAUGUAGAAAAAGUGUUUUUUUCAAAUGCUUUUCUGCCCUAUUAAGUCUCAAUAAGGGCUUUUCUGCCCUUUAUUGCAAAUAUCUACUGUAGUCUUAAUUAUAGAGAGAACAUUGCUUAACACCAUAAUUCCCAUAGACAUCAAUGGGAACAGCAAAGCUUUAAAAUGUUAAAAGUUUAAUUCGAACUCCAUAUUUUGAUGGUAUUAGACGGUACUGUUGUGGAAGACUCCAUGGUUCCCUGCCAGUGCUUGGAAUUUGACAGCCCACAUAAAGCAGCGUGUGGUUAAACUAACAAACAACUUUGGGGUGAAACCUUAUUACCAAACUUCAAAGGGACAACUGGCCUGGUAAAUCAUCCCUUGAUUGCCACUGUUCCUUUUCUCCAGACCUCAGAGGGCCAGAUAUUCCAAAUGUUAUGACUCUUUGAUAGGCACAUGCCAAUUUGUAGCCUGCUAGAUACCACACCCUGUGCAGGGCAGCCCACCAAAUUUACUUUAGUGAGGUUAAAAUUGCACUUACAGCACCCAUGUGAUAGCUCUGCUGCUGAAUUACUUAAUUAUGGCUGAAACCCCAGUAUCCAGCUUCAUGAGUACAUGUUCCUUGACCUUGUGUUCACUGAGAAAUCAUCAAUGUACCACUUUCAUUUUUUUCCAGCAGCUCAAGGGGGACCUAUGCUCAGGUUGCAGUACAGUAGCUGUUACUGUAUACUCUCAGUGUGGCAACUGUUCAAGGCACAAGAGCCCCCAUAUGCCUGACAGAUCACUGCUGGGUGACAUGAUCUUACAGUCCAUGAAAGACAGGGAUACUCAGCAAGUUUCUAGCCUCUGUGAUCACUGUGCAAUCAUCCCUUGAAUCUCUGGGUCAAGAAAACCCUUGGGCUUCCAAAUACGUUUUUUAGGAUCAUGAUGGUCUCUACAAGGUAUGUGCCAAAUUGGGUGUAGCUAUGUACAACUCUUACAGCAUUACAACCAUCUAAAGUAAUAGCAUCAACUCAGCUACUGAAGCUCCUGGUAGUCUGAAAGUUCUCUGCCAGGCAAUGGGUUUCAAAAGCCCACAGAAGGCCGAUAAUACCACAGUUACUCCAUAACUUUGAUAUCCAUGCUGUCCCCUUAUCCAGCUUAUUCACAUUUCAACAUAUUUAAAUGUUUUUAUAAAUAUAAAACUGACAACUACAAGUAGGCAUCUGCAAUAGCUAAACUUAAGUUCUUUAUGAUACAAAGACUAAUAUGUUGAAAUGUUUUGCAUUUUCUAAAUACAAUUUUGCCCUAGUAGCAGUAAUGAUGUCACACAAAUGUUAAAAAAAAUCCUGGUCAUUGUAGUGCUUUUGAAUGUGUAAACUUCUAAAACAUGGGACAAGCUAGACUCACUGGAUGGUGUUGAACAAUGUGACAUCAGAUAAUGUUUAAGACAUAGACUCUUCAAUAAUAUAUGCAAAUACUGCAAAAUAAGAAGACCACUCUUUGGGGCCUAUUUUCUUUUAAAUAAAAAUUUGUAUUUUACCCAUAUAGCUAUUUUUCUUUCAGUGCUGUUCACAAUGAUUAUACAUGUUUUAUUCAGAGCUACAGUAUUUAUCAAACCGGAAGAGUCAGGACAGCAUUUUUGGAAAAUAGUUAUUUGAGUCACCAUUAGUCUUCAUACUAUGUAGUGGCGGCUGACCAGGCUGUGGGAAAGUGGGAUUUCCUGGGAACUUGAAACCCCCCUGCAUUUGCUUAUGGCUAUAACUCAACUACUGAUUUUCUUAUAUAACUCAGACAGCUAUAUGCAAUCAAAUUAACUUGACUUCAUUGUAUUUUUGUAGAUAUUCAAUAUGUUAGUUUUAUUACCAAAAAUGUCUCAUCUUUUAAAAACUGUUACGCUGAAAUGAAGAAAGUAAAUUCCACUUGUCGCUAUACGGUUAAUUUUAUAAUGAGGUAUUUUUUCCUCUAUUGCUAAUUGGCUGGUACCUGAAGUGGUAGCUAUUUAGUAAUGGACAGUCAAAUGCUGUGCACAUCUGUUCCAUUUGAUGGUGUUCCACUAUUUAGCUAACAAUACAUGUUUAGAUUAUUCCAUACAAGGUAAGUUUAACAUUUCAGCAUCUAAAAAUAGCAAUGAUGUCUGUACAUAAGAACACUGCAGAAGGAACCUAUCAAAAUGAAUGUAUAGCCACAGUACAUGAAGUACUUUCAGGAUCCAAUCACUCCCUUAAAUGUUCAAUUAUUACAGAACAUGUGUUAU